UUGAUUCAUUGAAUAUUUACUGUUUUUAUUUUUUUUCUGAACAGGAAUGGCAUCGACUCAAGCUAAUGCAAGUGAAAAUCCGACUAACAUUCCAGCUUCUCAAUCAGGAAGUACAGCUGGAAUUGCUAGUAAAAGAAAAGUUUCUAAGAAUGCUCUUGGAAGUAGAACUGAUGUAGGAUGGGAGCACAGGAUAUCUGUUGGAGAAGAUGGAAAGAAGAUACAAUGUAAAUACUGUCAUAAAAUUUUUUCAGGGGGAGUUUAUAGAUUGAAACACCACUUAGCAGGAACUCAAAAAGAUGUUGGGGCCUGUACAGCUGUUAGUGAUGAAGUUAAGAAGCAAAUGUGGGAUGUUGUGAGUGGGUUGCAAGUGAAUUUGAUGAAGAAAACAAGCGUGGGUGGGGCAAGCCCAGGGGAAGCUACUAAAGAAGUUGACACUACCGGUGAAAAAAGAAAGGGAAAAGAACUAGAUGGCAACAUAUUCAAGAAAACACGCAUUAGUACUCAAACAACAAUCAACAAUAUAUUUAAGAAGAAUUUGAGAGAGGAAGUAUGUUUAGAGAUUAGUGCUUUUUUCUACAACAAUGGCAUCCCCUUUAAUGUUUCAAGGAGCGAGGAAUACAGUAGAAUGUUUGAGAAAGCUAUAAGAUAUGGACAAGGAUUCAAGCCACCAUCCUACCAUGAAUUAAGGGUGCCUCUUUUGAAGAAACACGUGGAGCUUGUUCAACAAUCACUAGAGGGACAUAGAGCAUAUUGGAAGCAGGUUGGUUGCACAAUAAUGACUGAUGGUUGGACAGAUAAGAGAAGACGGACCAUCCUAAAUUUUUUGGUUAAUAGUCCUAAAGGGACUGUUUUUCUAAAAUCUAUUGAUGCCUCUCAUAUUACUAAGACAGCUGAUAAAAUCUUCAAAAUGAUAGAUGAUGUGGUUGAAGAGGUUGGUGAAGAAAAUGUCAUCCAAGUUGUCACCGACAAUGCGGCUAACUACAAAGCUGCAGGAGAAAUGCUAAUGAAAAAGAGAAAAAAGUUGUUUUGGACGCCUUGUGCAGCACAUUGCAUUGAUUUAAUGUUAGAAGACUUGGAAAAAAAAGUAACACUUCACAAGGACACAAUUUACAAAGGUAGAAAGAUUACUACUUACAUAUAUGCUAGAACUGCUCUUAUUGCACUACUACACAUCCACACUAAAGGGAAAGAUUUGGUGAGGCCGGGUAUGACCCGUUUUGCAACUUCUUACCUUACUUUGGGAUGUCUCAAUGACAACAAAGGUUCCUUAAUAAGAAUGUUUCUUUCUGAUCAAUGGACUUCUAGUAAAUUUGCAAAGACAAAAGAUGGAAAGAUAAUUGCAAGUGUGGUGUUAGAUAAGGUGUUUUGGAAAGAAGUGGUAAUUUGCUUGAGGGCUGCCUACCCUCUUCUUCAUGUGCUUCGUAUGGUAGAUUCAGAAGAAAAGCCUGCAAUGGGAUUUAUUUAUGAAGAAAUGACAAGUGCAAAGGAGAAAAUACGAGAUGCAUUUCAAGGAGUUGAGACAAAUUAUAUACCUAUUUGGGAUAUUAUUGAUGCAAGAUGGGGAAACCAACUUCAUAGGCCAUUGCAUGCUGCAGGCUAUUAUUUGAAUCCUCAAAUUCAUUAUAGCUCUGGUUUUAAAAUUGCUUAUGAGCUUAAGAAGCAGUUUUAUGCUUGUAUGGAAAGGAUGACAGGAAAUCCAGAUUUAAUCACUAAGAUGGAUGUUCAACUUGAAGAUUUUAAGACUCAAAAAGAGUUUUUUGGUAGUAAAGUAGCUCAAAAUACAAUUUAUACUAAAACUCCAGCUCAAUGGUGGGAUUCUUAUGGAGAUCAGCAUCCAGAGCUCCAACAAUUUGCAAUUCGUGUCUUGAAUUUGACAUGUAGUUCAUCUGGAUGUGAACGUAAUUGGAGUGCUUUUGAGAUGGUUCACACAAAAAGGAGAAACCGUUUAAAAGCUAAAACCAUGAAUGAUGUUGUGUUUGUGAUGACAAACUCAAGAUUAGCAAAGAAAAAACAAACUAGAAGAAGUCUUGAUUAUGACUAUAGUCUUGAUGAGUUGGACUCUGAUGAAGAGUGGAUUGUUGCUGACGAAGAUGGAGAAGAAGAAGAUUUAGAUGCUCUAAUUCCAGAUCCUGAUUUAAAUGAUGAAGCAAGUGGUAAUAGAGUUGUUGGUGCCUCUAAGGAUCCUUUGACAAUUCCUUAUCUUGAUGAUGAUGAGUUUGAAGAACUUCUCCAAGGACCUCUUCCUCCUGCUCCUGAUAAUGAUGAAGAUGGUAAUGCAGAAGUUUGUGAAACUCGUGAAGAUUUUAUGACUGAUGAAGAAUAA